AUUUCGGCAACAUGGGAGCCGCUGUGGGAUUUAUUCUAAAGGGAUUUUAAAGAACCGUCCGGGAAAAUGGCAGAGAGGUUGGAGUGGGUAGAGAUCAUCGAGCCGCGCACGCGGGAGCGCAUGUACGCCAACCUGCAGACGGGCGAGUGCGUGUGGGACCCCCCGCAGGGCGUCUGCAUCAAGCGGACCGGCGACAACCAGUGGUGGGAGCUGUUUGACCCGAACACCUCGCGCUUCUACUACUACAACGCCUCCACCCAGCGCACGGUGUGGCACCGGCCCCAGGCCUGCGACAUCAUCCCCCUGGCCAAGCUGCAGACCCUGAAGCAGCACACCGACACCGCCAACCCCCGUCUUGCCGGAGGAGGGGGGAAGGCGUCGGCGGAGAACAGCCCGGGACGCAACAGCGGGGUCAGCCGCGAGGGGAGCACCUCCUCCUCCCUCGACCAGGAGCUGUCUGAGAAACAGGGCGGCAAGGACGAGGCAGACAGGACUUCUCCCUUCAGGUGGAACACGGGUACCAAGGAGCGAAUGCUGAUCAAGGUGACGGACAGAGAGCCCAGCUUCUUGGCCCACCAGGGCAAUGGUUAUUCCCCCUGCGACCCCCCCACCCCCGGUCCUCCCUCUGGAGGGGGUACCGCCUCACGAACCCGCCGUUCCUCUGGAGGGAACCCGCCGACGGAACCCGACGGCUCGCCUCUCCUCUACGCCGACCGCCGUCAGUCCCCCUUCCUGAAGCGGGCCGAGCUGGGCGGCACCGGCACCCACCGCCGUUCCUCGACCGACUCCCAGCCCCCCUCGCCCCGCUACGGCUAUGAGCCCCCGCUGUAUGAGGAGCCACCGUCAGAGUAUCAGCCCCCUCCCAUCUAUGAGGUGCCGCCCACUGACGUGCACCUCUCCGACUCAUUCUACGGAACCGGCAAAUCACCUGCUCGCAAGUCUUCAGCCCCCCUCUAUCACUCCCCCAAGCAGGGCCAGUCGCCCUACGGCCAGCUGGUUUUGACCCGGCAGAAGUGUCCAGAAAAGACCCAGAGUCUGGAGUACAGUCCUGUGGGGAAGGAGUACGUCAAGCAGCUGGUGUACGUGGAGCAAUCGUCUCCCAGCCCUCGCUUCAAGACCGCCGACCGCCUGCUUCGCUACGGCACUACAGGGGGGUUUGGUGGCUCGUAUGGGGGGUCUUAUACGCUGCAGCACAGCCAGUCUCUGAUCAGGGACCCCCGCCUACUGCUGGACUACAGUGGGGAGGGUGGAGAGGGAGGCCAGAGGUUGCUUUACGAGGACUCGAUAUCCUGGACGUCCAGUCAGACACACUCCCUCUCCUCUUCCUCCACCGGCGCUCCUGGGGCUUUCUCCCCCGGAGGUAACCGCAAACGCAAGAGCCGCAAGCCGUCCCUCCCACAGGAGCCGGCGCGCUGCGGGGGGCCAGAGGGGGAGCUCGCGGGCACGGCAUCCGAGGCGAUGCUGGCCCAGGCGAGGCUGGCAUGGGAGGCCCAACAGGUGAUGAAACAGAGGAGCAGUUGGGACUCGGGGCAGGGCGGCGGGGUGGCGGCCCAGGGCUCCAAAGACGGCUACGAGAGUGACGGGGCGUUGCCGCUGCCGCUGCCGGGACCCGUUGUGAGGGCGUUCAGUGAGGACGAGGCGCUGGCGCAGAGCGUCGGCCACCACUGGAAACGCAGCACCUUCGAUCGGCUGGGCUUCCCCCAGGCCCUGCUGGAGAAAAGCCUCUCCGUUCAAACCAACCUGGCUUCCCCCGAGCCGUACCUCCACCCCUCACAGUCGGAGGACCUCGGAGCCUGCGCCCAGUUUGAGGCCAGCCGAAAUGCCAGGAACAUGAUGCCGAGCUCCAGCUGUGGCAUUUUCCCAGAAUUCACCCUGAGAAAGCCCUCCUCGGAGACGGACAUCGAGAACUGGGCGUCCAAGCACUUCAACAAACACACACAGGGUCUGUUCAGACGAAAGGUGUCCAUCGCCAACAUGCUGGCAUGGAGCAGUGAGCCCAUCAAGAAGCCCAUGAUUGUGACCUCUGACCGCAAUGUGAAGAGGGAAGCGGUGGACAUCUUUAAGCUCAUUCAGACCUUCAUGGGUGACCGCCGCGCCAAGGUUGACUCCCUCGGCGUGGCUCUGGAGGUGGUGGUGCGCGGGUGGAGCAACCAGGGCCUCCGUGACGAGCUCUACAUCCAGCUGUGUCGCCAGACCACGGAGAACUUCCGCUACGACAGCCUGGAGCGAGGCUGGGAGCUGAUGGCCAUCUGCCUGGGCUUCUUCCCCCCCACGCCCCGCUUCCACACCUACUUGGAGGGCUACAUCUGCCGACACACGGACCCUCUCAACGACACCAAGGGAGUGGCCAUUAGCAGCUACGCUAAAUACUGCUACAGGAAACUGACCAAAGCUGCUCUGACCGGUGCCAAGAAGGGCCUACAGAAGCCCUGUAUGGAGGAGAUUAAGCAUGCCAGGAAUGCCAUCUUCAGUCCCUCCAUGUUUGGCUCCUCCCUUGAUGAGGUGAUGACGCUCCAGAAGGAGCGCUACCCUGACAACCAGCUGCCCUGGGUGCAAACCCGCCUUUCCGAAGAGGUUCUGGGUCUGAACGGAGACCAGAUGGAAGGCAUCUUCAGGGUACCGGGGGACAUAGAUGAAGUCAAUGCCCUCAAGCUGCAAGUGGAUCAAUGGAAAAUCCCCACAGGGCUGGAAGACCCGCACAUCCCAGCGUCCCUGCUGAAGCUCUGGUACAGGGAGCUGGAGGAGCCGCUGAUCCCCCAUGAGUUCUACGAGGAGUGCAUCAGUCACUAUGACAACCCGGAGGCCGCUGUCACCGUGGUGCUUGGCCUGCCGCACAUCAACAAACUGGUGCUCUGCUACCUCAUCCGCUUCCUCCAGGUGUUCGCUCAGUCCGACAAUGUGAUCAUCACCAAGAUGGAUGUGAACAACCUGGCCAUGGUGAUGGCCCCCAACUGUCUGCGCUGCCAGUCCGACGACCCCAGGGUGAUCUUCGAGAACACCCGCAAGGAGAUGUCCUUCAUCCGCGUGCUCAUCCAGCGGCUGGACACCAGCUUCAUGGAUGGGAUCCUAUAGCCCCCCCACCACACACACACACACACACAAUCCAUUUAGCCUCCCCUGCGCUCCCUUUAACCCCUCCAUGACAGGCCCAGCCACACUCACCCAGUACACACACAUUGUUGCCGCUGGGUGAACACCUUGCCUCUCCGACAUGUUUACUUUUCUGGAUCUAACAAAACUGCCUGGUUUGGAGUUUCACCACCACAGUACGUUUUGAGUUGAACCAGCUGUUUUUCUUUUUCUGUAGUCCUUUAAUUGACAUUUACAUACACCAGUCUUGGAGUUCCAAGGUUUGCAUACGCUUAGAGUACUGUGUGUGCCUUCACAUGCAUUCAUACAGAAUACACGUACAGAAUGAAGGAAUUAGCAGGGAUCUCAUCAUUUCACCGGAUACGUGUUCGUUGUCACUGGCACACUCAGAGUUCAGGACCUGAAGGUUUAUUUUAAAUCCAAACUUUGUUUUAUAUGAACUGCUUGUGACCUAGUUUCCCCCGACUUUAACUCACGUACACUGGCACACAGGAAAUGACCCACGCAUAUCAGCUCAUGCAAACACUUUGGAUUGAAAGUCUUGCCUCUGGGAUUCCUCCUUCUGCGGUGUAACGUAGCAUCUGACAGGAAGCAAGAAUUAUCAGCAAGAUGGUUUAUUCAAACAUAGAUGACACACACACACGUUCUGCUACAGGUGUUAGAAGUCUCUCACGCGUACACAGGCCCAGCAAUGCAUUCAGAGGGUUCGGCACCAGAUUUCCACAAGAUGUAAAGCCUAACUGCACCACGCGGCCUCAUCAGGCACGUUUUAUACUGCCACAACUUAGUAGAUGGGAUCCUGCCUCAAGAUGUGAGCCUCUCAAUGGGACGGAAUGAAAGUGUAGCUGUACAAGCAGCCAGCGGUCAGUUUAUAGAGCUCUGUUGGCCACUGAGCCCUCAGAACACCAAAUGACCCCAAGUUGUGUUUUGACUUCACGGCUCCAAUGCGUCCUCCAUGUUGGGUUUGUUGACACAUUAGCAUAGACUGUGUUCCUAAUGUAAAAAUUCAAAAAAGAAAACAUCUUUAGUUUCCCCGUAAUGGCCUAAAUGCAUCUCACAUCUCAUUUAGAAAAGUCUAUCCUAGUCACAUAUAAAAGUCUAAUAUAUAUUGUCUUGCCUGCUGUAAGGCACUGAUGAUCAGAGAGAGCAUGUUUUGCAAUUACCUGCUUCUUUCUUUCUUUUUUAUGGUUGCUAAGCAACCAACAAAAAAGUGCAAACGUAGCUAAACACAACCUCUGAAAUGUACGCUAGAAAAGUAAAUUGUUGUUGAUAGUCAAUAGUACACAACAGACCUGUACUGCACACAUUCUUUAAGCCGGCGGUCUUCGGUUCACAUCACAGCAGCUACAGUCGGUGAAGCCAAACGGCUCAAGUCACUAUCGAGAGGAAAUAAAGCGCUAAUGAAGUUUGGCACUUUUUCCGCUCGGUGUUGAAUUACUUUCAACUCGAGGUGUUCAGGACACUCCUGUAGAAUUAAGCCCUUCACUCUCGUUUAGAAUAAUUACAAAAAGCCGCCCCAGGGUGAACCGAUGAUUGGUCUGGAGAGGUUACACCCAGAGACUCAACGUGGGAUUGUUUUAAAAUGAGCCCUUGGCUUGUGCUGCCUUCGCGUUUCAGUGACCAGCGCCAGUAAAGCUCAUCAGCUCACACAUGAAUGAGAAUUAAGUUAUAAUUGGUUAAUCCAAUCCAUUAACGCUUUAUGUUCUUUAAUGUUUAAUAAUUAUACACAUAUUGGCCCCCACUGGCUAAUCAGCAAAACAAUCAUCACAAAUUGUCAAUUCUGGGGUAAUGGUGGAUGGCAAAAAUUGAGAAUAAUAAUAAAGUCAUCAAGCUGACAUUAGCUACCAUCAGAUACUGGUCAGACCAGACCAAGUGUAGCAGACAGAGACCCCUGUUUGGUUAUUUUCUUGCCAAGUCCUCCUUUUUCAUUUUGUAAGUCUUAGAAUGUUAUUUCUUCUUUCAAAAGCUGAAUACAGUCUGGUUCUGGGCGGCAACUAGCAGAGCUCAACCAAUGCGUUAGCGUCUUAAAACACACACUCUUUCCACUGAUCACCAGGGGGCGACUCUUCUGGUUGUAUAGAAGUCAAUGCUUCAUGUGUUAAAGCUGCUUUCUCUCUACUGGCAUUCAGGGGAUGACCUCUGGUUGUAUAGAAGUCUACAUUGUAAAUAUGAGUUUAUGGGGUAUAUUUAGUAAAUGAUGGUUCAUUUAGAGUCUAACAGGGUAUGAUUUAGGGCGGGGCUACAAGGUGAUUAAUAACAGCUCGCUGCUGCUGCUAACAGUCGGUUACGCCGUCUCUACGCCACUCCUCCACAUUCAAAAUACGGCAUCUUCUGUUCGUUGGUUGACACACGGCAACGACCAUAUUCCAAGAUGGCGACGAAAGAAUUUCCAAACUCGAGGCUGCCCACAAACUAAUUCCUAUAGACGGUCUACGUAUGCUUCGUCAUCGUGCUAUUACAGUCCACUGAGUGUUAAAUACUUAACAGUACUUAACACAUAUUAGUAACUGCUAUUGUUAUCUAGCAUCUGCUAACACUAUCGACAAUCUUGUAACCUUCAGUAUUGGGUACUCUUGAGGAAAUCUGGUCAUGUCCGUCCCCUUCAUCCACAGUAUUCAGCGCCGUCCAGUUGACCUUAGCCCUCCUGACCCAUGAACAGUGGUAUAGGGGUGAGCGCAGCACUGCCAGUGAGGCCCCAUGCAUAACGCUCAGACACAGCACGGCAUGCUUGUACUUCCUGGGUGGCUUUCGAGAAGUGCCAGCUCUCCCACGAAAUACGCCUCAGGGCCCAUCCCCCACCCCACCGACCCCUCAGAGCGAGUCCUCCACCAUCACUGAGCCCCAACGAUGAUUCGUGAAUGUGUCCACCUGCUGCUUGUCUGUCUGUCUGUCAUUGUUUACAAAACAUACCCUCUUUGCAUCCAUAUGGUCUUUGUCUAUGUGCAAGUACUGUUGUUUAUGAUAUUCAUUUGAAAUGUUUGUGGUAUUUAACAUAAUUUCUAUGUUUUUUAACCCAUUCUUUUUAUAUGAUUUAAUUUAUUUAUAUUUAUUUGAGGAGAUUUCCUUAAUGCCUUCUCAAGAUAUUGUAUCGUAGGCUCCAGUGUGUGUGUGUGUGUGUGUGUGUGUAUGAUUGUGUGGUUGAGUUUUCAAUCUGGUCAGGGCACAUACGUCUUGACGUGCGUCUGUGGGAAUCUUGCUGUACCAGUUCAAAUUCAUUUGGGGUUUUUUCUGACACAACUAAAAGAACGAUGUGUGUGUGGGACACACACACACACACACACAUGGACCAUCCUGAAUAAAACACUGACUCUCACCUUUAAGGUCCAGAUGACACUCAGUCUCAAUUCAUCUUUGGCCAAAUGAGCCUUUUUUAAAUUUGUGUUUUUGUGUGUGUGUGUGUGUGUGUGUGUGUGUGUGUGUGUGUGAUGUUGAAGUCACUCUGGCAUACACCUGGCUCCACAUAGAUAACAUGUACAUUGACACUGUACAGACUAUGUACAAAUAAGUAAAUAGAGAAGCCAGAGAACAAAGAGCAUCAUAUGUAAUAGUGGAAAUUGCUGUGGAAGUUAUUGUAACAGGGUGGGGGAGUUUUCAUUUUUAUUUCCAUCCCCUCCCCCGAGUCUUGUCAAUGUAAGUUCUCCUCACAUCAAGUUUAAAAGUGGCAAUUUACACCCAUCUCUAGUCUGGACUACACAAAUUUCCACCCAUAAUCCAUGCAAGUGCCACAAAGUGUUUUAAGUCCCUAAAUCUGUCACUGUGUGUCUGAUUCAUACUCUCAAAAGAAGUGAUUUGUCUGGAGGAAUCUGCAGGAUUUUUUUAAGUUAUGGGCAAACCAGAAAUUUGCAGAGGAAGAUUCCUUGAUGUGUCAUUUCCAGCCUCCUGCGAUAAACAGUUUGAUGCCCCGAUAAUUACAACCAUCCCCGGUCUGCCACAUGCACUCUCCUCGCCCUGCGUGUGACACUCAAGGUGCAUGUCAGAAAGUCCAGGGAGUCAAAUUUCAAAUUCUGCCUCCACAGAGGAUACAAGGUCAAGUUCAGGAGUUCCUCCCAGUGCUCUUUCAACUGCUCUCCAGUAUCCCCAGUACGGGUCUGCAAUUCUCCUCUCCUGCUGACCACGGGCUCAGCCAUGUCCUGCUUUCCCUUUCUGGGUCAGAAAUUCAACCUUCCUUAAGGCGAGCUAAAAGUCCUUCUCCAUAGUUUCCUUAAAUGUUUUUUUUCUUUGGCAACUGCUGCAGCCCUUUUAGCCCACCGGUAUCUGCCUGCUGUUUGCAGAGACCCCUGAGCCAGCCGAGCCCCAAGGGCCUCCUUCUUCCUCUUGACAGCCGUUAUGGACGCUUGUACAACGGAGGAUUCAAACAUGUCCCGUUUGGAUUCCAUAUCCCUAUCCGCCCUUGGGAUUCACGGGUUUGGGUUUGUGUGACACCGCUCAACACCUGGUGGGGAUCACUGACAGCUCUGCUCCUCUCCGGCCAAGUGUCCAAGACACACAGCUGCAGAUCUCUGGGCACGCACGAUCUGGUACCUAGUACACUUACGAACUGCCCAAUGCGCGAAUAUGGUGUUUGUCAUGGACAAUCAAUGACAAGUAUAGAAUGGCAACAACAGAGCACUGCUUUGGUUCAGAUCAGGCAGGCUGUUACUCCCAAUCAUCCCCGUCCAGGUUUCUCCAUCAAUCCUCACGUGAACGUUGAAGUCCCCCUGCAGUUCCCGGUCAGUGCCCUUUGCAGGAUGACACCAAGAGACUCAAAGAGGGUACUUUGAGCUCCUGUUCACAGUCACGACCAACUGUCAGAGAGUUACUCUCAGUGACUCAGAGGUUUGCUUGUGGAAAACUCUUACACAGUGGUGUUCAGCCGUGGGCUUGAGAGUAUUGCCACACCCAUCCGGGACGUCUCACCAUAAGCAGCUCUGACCCUCUCUGACCUUUUCCAGGAGUUUUUUUUCCAGAACCAAUGCUGUGUGGAGGUGGGUCCAACUAUAUGUAGUCGGUACUGUUCCACCAGCUCUUGUUCCCUCCCAGCCAGAGAGUUGACAUUCCACAGCCAUCGAGCCAGUGUUGUGAUGCCAGGGGUCAGCUCACAAUGCACCCAACCCCAAUACCGACCCCUGUGAGUGGUGGGCCCAUGGGGGUGGCUCCAUAUUGAUUUUUCGGGCUGUGCCCGGCCGAACCCCAUGUAUGCCCGGCCACCAGAAGCUUGCCGGCAAGCUCCCCUCCCAGGUCUGGCUCCAGACAGAGGCCAUGGUUUAGGUGCUACAACUCUUUCUGGCUGACUCGUAUAAGGGUCAGUGAAUUGGUCUGGCCCCCUCUAUAAUCAGACUAGCUGUCCUGUCCUCAUAGUGGGGUUGCCAGGUUUAAACUCUGUCCUAACUCUACACAAAAUGCAGGUGACCCUUAGAUGACUUACCAACUAACAAGAUGCAAUGUUUGUCCUACACAAGUAAGUAAACUGGGUUACCGGUUAGCUUCCCAUCCUCUAACAGAGACAUUGAACAGAACGUCUCGUGCCAUCUGCAGCCGUCACCUUGCUAGUUUGCCACGGCAGUUCACAUUAUGAUCUGUCUAAGAAAAUAAACAGAACUAACCUGCCCCUCAUUUGACAACUGACUUCUUUAUGAGGUAUGAAUAUGGCCAAAUGUUUGAAUUUAUUUGAAUGUAAAAUCACAGUGACUGAUGAGCCCUUGGAGAUCUUGUGACAGUGUGUAUGAGUGUGCAAGUUGUGUGUUUGUGAGGAUGUCUUUGUUUUAUGUAAGAGAUGGUUGUAGAUAGGCCCAGCAAAUCAACAGAAGCAUGCAGACAUAGGGUCUUCACUCUCUUCAACUUGAAUUUACUAAAAUAUGAGAAUAUAAAAAGGAAAACUAACUGAAUUUACAGAAAAUAAGUGUUACAGUAUUUAGCUUUAAAAAUCCACUAAGAAAAAAAUGAUUACGCUCUUUUAAUCCAUUUUUCUGAUUGUUUUUUCUACUUGGUUCCUACGAAUGAUGAUUUGGUAGUCUGUGUCGACGCAGUUUGUCUGAUGUAAAGAAAAUGACAAUGAAGAAGAGGUGUAUGAAACUGCUCUUCACCUCUUCAGUUGUAUCUUCAUGUCCACUGUCACUCACACUCUGUCCGAGGGAAGACUGGACGUGUAACGGACGUUGGUUUAAUAAAUGAUUCAAAUGUCAAA